AUGAGAGAGGAUGGUUUGUUGGUUUUGCCUGGAGCUGCAGGAGCUUUAGGGAAAACUCCAGUGACAUUGGCUUAUGGUGUGGCUAAGAGUUCUGUUCAUCAUUUGGUGAAGAGCUUUGCAGAUCCUGAACAAUGUGGACUUCCUAGAGGAACAACAACUGUUGGAAUUGUUCCUUCAAUGUUGGAUACUGAAGCUAAUAGAAAUGCAAUGCCAAAUGCUGAUUUUUCAAAUUGGACUCCUUUGGAUCAUGUUUCUGAAAAGAUUGUGGAUUGGAUUGAAUGUAGAGAAAAACCUGUAUCUGGAUCUUUGAUUAAGAUUGUAACAGAACAUGGAAAUACUAAAUUUGUAAAUAUUUAA